UCGUCUUCUUUGUGGAAAUGUCGCGACCGACUGGCACGGAUGGAUCUGACUUUGGCUUCCGCCAGCGGGUCGAGUCGCAGUACUCGGACAGCGUUCGCGUCAAGGGCACCUUCCGCAAGCUGAACGCGGGCGCUGCGGGGCUGACUGGCGCCUGGCUCUCGCUGGUCGUCGCCGCGUCCUUCAUGGCGCCCGCGUCGUCUGCCGCGUCGUCCGACUUGUCGUCGGGCACACUCCACCCGUGGCUCGUCGGAGCGUCGUUUGCUGCGUCACUGAUCGCACUCGCGCUCGGCAACGUCGCCAUCGUGCAGAACAACACAAUGUUCAUUCGGCUCUUCCUCGGUCACGUCGUCCUCGAUCUCGCUGCCGUCGGUCUGGCAAUCUACUUUGCAUUCACUGCGACAGUCCGCCACGAGCAGAAUCUCCUGUUGGGCAUUGCGCUGCCAGCGCUCCUCGUGGUUGUCAAGGGCUUCCAACUGUCGUUCGGACGUCGGCUGCUCGCGGUUUGGCAGCAACCCGCUGGACGCCAAAGAAAGACCAAGUAGAGAUCUCGUGGCUUGGUUGGUGCUGCUUCAAUACGAUAUGCACACUCGGCCGGUGGUUCUAUUUGAUGGUCGUCUGCCUGCCUGCUGAGUGGUUUGAGCAAUGAGAAAAAAAAAUCAAAACUUUGCUUUUUUGAAACCAAACAAAUCGUUGACAUGAAACAAAACAGCAGAAACACAGG